UAAAAUCAUUGUGUAAUAAAAGAUAAAGCACCAUUUUCGACAUCGGCCAGUGAUAAUGAAAGGUCACAGAAUUUUUUCACGUUAUUAUGGUUAUAUGUGUAAGACCAGUGGAAACAUGGAGAUCAGCUUUCGUGGUAAGAGAGCUUUAGUCACAGGUGCUACUAAAGGCAUUGGGAGAGAUAUCGCCCUUCAGCUUUCUAAAUGUGGAGCGAAAGUUAUUGCAGUUGGAAGAACCAAAGAUCAACUAGAUUCUCUGAAAAAGGAGGAUCCCAACAUCGAAACUAUCCAAUUGGAUAUCGCCAAUUGGAGUAAAACAGAAGGUGUUCUCAAGAAUUGUGGUCCAAUCGAUUUAUUGGUGAAUAAUGCUGGCAUUGGGAGAGAUAUCGCCCUUCAGCUUUCUAAAUGUGGAGCGAAAGUUAUUGCAGUUGGAAGAACCAAAGAUCAACUAGAUUCUCUGAAAAAGGAGGAUCCCAACAUCGAAACUAUCCAAUUGGAUAUCGCCAAUUGGAGUAAAACAGAAGGUGUUCUCAAGAAUUGUGGUCCAAUCGAUUUAUUGGUGAAUAAUGCUGGCAUGGGAUGGUUAAAAUCCAUGAUGGACAUCACUGAAGAAGAUGUUGAUAGUGUUUUCGGAAUCAACAUAAAAGCUCUUAUAAACGUCACCAAGCUGGUCAUCAAGAAUCUCCUAGACAGAAACGCUCCUGGUUCCAUCGUCAACCUCUCGUCCCAAGCCUCCAUUGCUGGCUUGCUGCAUCACACUGUAUAUUGCGCCAGCAAGGGGGCGGUCGAUGCUUUCACUAGGGCCGCCGCCCUUGAGUACGGCCCUAGGAAUAUCAGGGUGAACGCGGUCAACCCCACGGUUAUCAUGACGGAUAUGGGGAGAGAGGGUUGGUCUGAUCCUAGUGUGGCCAAACCCAUGUUGGAGAAGAUUCCUCUCAGAAGGUUUGGUGAGGUGAGAGAAGUGACAGAUGCUGUGCUCUAUCUUCUGAGUGAUAAAUCAAGCAUGAUCUCGGGAGUAUGUCUGCCCAUAGAUGGCGGUUUCACAGCCUGUUGAAUUGUUUAAUUUGUUGAAAUAAAGGAUACUCAAUAUCCCAGGAUAAUUUUUAUUCGAAGAAACAUUGUAUACAGAUCCACCAAAUAUCGCCCCAAUAAAAGUUGUAUCAUAACGGAG